GCUCAUGGCGCGGCCGGCGGGGUGGUCGCCGCUGCUGCUCUGUGCGCUGAUGGCGCUGGCGGGGCCCAGCUCCGCCGAGGCAGGGGACGGGGGAUGGCGGCGGGGCGGGCCGGGGCCGCCGGAGGAGGAGUUGUGCACCGUGGAGCGCCGGGCCGACCUCAGCUACGCCGAGUUCGUGCAGCGCUACGCCUUCCAGAGACCCGUGGUCCUGCGAGGGCUCACGGACAACUCGAGGUUCCGCGCCCUGUGCUCCCGCGAAAAGCUGCUGGCCUCGUUCGGGGGCCGUGUGGUCCGGCUGAGCACCGCCAACACCUACUCCUACCGGAAAGUGGACCUGCCCUUCCAGGAGUACGUGGAGCGGCUGCUGCGGCCCCAGGACCCCGCCUCCCUGGGCAAUGACACUCUGUACUUCUUCGGCGACAACAACUUCACCGAGUGGGCGUCUCUGUUUGGGCACUACGCUCCGCCGCCCUACGGCCUGCUGGGGACGGCGCCCGCGCACAGCUUCGGCGUGGCAGGCGCGGGCACCGGGGUGCCCUUCCACUGGCACGGGCCCGGGUAUUCGGAGGUGAUCUACGGCCGCAAGCGCUGGUUCCUGUACCCGCCCGAGAAGACGCCGCAGUUUCACCCCAACAAGACCACGCUGGCCUGGCUCCGGGACACGUACCCAGGCCUGGCCCCGGCCGCGCGGCCGCUGGAGUGCACCAUCUCCGCGGGCGAGGUGCUGUACUUCCCGGCCCGCUGGUGGCACGCCACGCUCAACCUGGACACGUGCGUGUUCAUCUCCACCUUCCUCGGCUAGCGCUCGUG